AUGGGGCUGAGCUACAGGCUCUUCAUCUGCUUUCUGCUCUGGGGAAGCACAGAGCUGUGCUACCCCCACCCCCUCUGGCUCCUUCAGGGUGGAGCCCGUGGCCCUGUGUCAUCCCCACAACCUGUGCUGGUGGAGUGUCUGGAGGCCCAGCUGGUGGUCACUGUCAGCAAAAACCUCUUUGGCACUGGGAAGCUUGUCAGGCCUUCGGACCUCACCCUGGGCCCUGAGCACUGUGAGCCCCUAGCCUCUGAGGACACUGCCGACAUGAUCAGGUUUGAGGUUGGGCUGCACGAGUGUGGCAACCACGUGCAGGUGACUGACAAUGCUCUAGUGUACAGCACCUUCCUGCUCCACAGUCCCCGCCCUGUGGGAAACCUGUCCAUCCUGAGGACUAACCACGCUGAGGUCCCCAUCGAGUGCCACUAUCCCAGGCAGGGCAACGUAAGCAGCCGGGCAGUCCUGCCCACCUGGGUGCCCUUCAGGACCACAGUGCUCUUGGAGGAGAAGCUGGAUUUCUCUCUGCGCCUAAUGGAGGAGGACUGGAGUACUGAGAAGACAAGUCCCACCUUCCAGCUGGGAGACACAGCCCACCUUCAGGCAGAGGUCCACACGGGCAGCCAUAUGCCACUGCGACUGUUUGUGGACCACUGUGUGGCCACACCGACACCAGCCAGGACCACGUCCCCUCAUCACACCAUUGUGGACUUCCACGGUUGUCUUGUGGACGGUCUCUCCGACACCUCCUCUGUAUUCAGAGCCCCCAGACCUGGGCCAGAUACUCUCCAGUUCACAGUGGAUGUGUUCCACUUUGCUAAUGACUCCAGAAACACGAUCUAUAUCACCUGCCGCCUAAAGGUCACUCCAGCCAACCAAGUCCCAGACCAACUAAACAAAGCCUGUUCCUUCAACAAGUCUUCCAAUAGCUGGUCCCCAGUAGAAGGCACUGAUGACAUCUGUGGAUGCUGUAACAGGGGUGACUGUGCCAUGCCAGGCCUUCCCAGGAGGCUGCUCGCCACAGAGCAGCUGUCGAUGAGCCAGUGGCAGAAGUCUUCUUCCCGAAAACGCAGACAUGUGGCAGAAGAAGCAGAUGUUACUGUGGGGCCACUGAUCUUCCUGGGAAAGACUAGUGACCAUGGUAUGGCGGGGUGGACCUCUGCUGCUCACAGCUCCAUGGCACUGGGUUUAGGCCUGGUCGUGGUGGUGACCCUGACUCUGGCUGCUAUUGUCCUGGGUCUUGCCACCAGGUGGCAUGCUGUUUCCUACCCUGUGAUGUGCCCUGUGUCUGUUUCCCAAUAA